CGCGCGCCGAUAGUACCGUGUACCGUGCGUUCAUUGUACGUUUGUCACGGUUUUUUUUUUCCCCGUCCGCCCGUUAGUUACUGGUUUCGUAACUGACCGCGUACAUAGUCUUAAAUUUUUAUCAUCGGCGAACGCGUCCCGCCGCACAUACUCACACACACACACACACACUUUCGCACGAUCUAGCCCCGUUGGAUUUUUCUAUUUUCCACGCGCACGCGAGUCCGAUCGAACGUCGUCGUCCGUCUCCGUCGUCGCCGUACAACUUGCGUUCUACGUUUGAGUUGGACCAUUUUUUUUUUUUUUUUUUUUCCGUAAGGUUUUAGUUAAUUUCUUUUCUUUUUUUUAACGCCCGCGACUUUGUGACAGAAAAAUGAGCACUUCGGAAACAAACCCAAUUUACGGGCCGUUCUUCGGCGUCAUGGGCGCGGCAUCGGCCAUCAUAUUUAGCGCUCUUGGUGCUGCAUAUGGUACAGCAAAAUCAGGAACUGGUAUUGCUGCCAUGUCAGUAAUGAGGCCAGAACUUAUAAUGAAAUCCAUCAUCCCUGUUGUCAUGGCUGGUAUCAUUGCUAUUUAUGGUCUUGUAGUAGCUGUCCUAAUAGCAGGUGCCCUAGAAGAGCCUGAUAAAUAUUCCCUGUUUAAGGGAUUCAUUCAUCUUGGUGCUGGCCUCUCUGUAGGUUUCAGUGGUUUAGCUGCUGGUUUCGCUAUUGGUAUUGUUGGUGAUGCUGGUGUCAGAGGUACAGCCCAGCAGCCCAGAUUAUUCGUAGGAAUGAUCUUGAUCCUAAUUUUCGCUGAAGUAUUGGGAUUGUAUGGACUGAUUGUUGCAAUUUACCUUUACACUAAAUAAACAAUUUGCCCCUUGAAUAAAUAAAAAGAAAAGAAAUUUUUUUGUUACAAAAAAAAAAAAAAAAAAUUAAUAAUAAAAACCAACCGUGAACACCCAUUUGACGCUCAGUUGUCAAUACAAACAAUAUACCGUAUUAUAAACAUUUUAGUUGAAAGGAAACCAAUUUUUUGUAUCCUUGCGCCACUCACCUAUAUGUAGUUACGUGUAUUUUCCUUCCCAGCUUUCAAAACCAUAUUUCCAUUCACGUAGCAAAAUAAGUAAUAAUCUUUAAACUAUUUUAAACACAUAUAUUUAAAUAAAAUGAUGGCCAUUUUCAUGUAUCAAAGGUUAUAUUUUGUUUUUUAUUAUAAUUAUUAACUUUUUUUUA